AUGCCCUUCUCGCAGCCUCUCGUGUUUCUUCGCGACCUCGCGAGCAGGUUGUUCCGCGGACCCUUCAGUGUGAUUUUCAACAAGCUACCAAGCAUGGAUACUUCAUCGACAGUAGCAGCAUGGCUGUUUUUCGCAGUCACGGCAGUCGGCCUAGGAGGUCUCAUCUCCCAAGCGAAUGCUAUCAGUGACCAGAUGGACCCCUUUCACGCCACUCGCAGCGCCGAACACUUGGGCAUCUGGUUUCAACGCCAGAGGGCAUUCCCCUGGUGGCGGAUUGCUAAACCACCACCACUUGGGCCCGUCAUCACUGCCAGUCUAUCGAGUGGUUUCUGCAGCAUCCAGACGGUGCAUCUGGUUCGUCUCCCGCUAAGACCCGCGGGUAAGGCCAGCUGGGCUGUUUUGCUGAGCAUAAUCCACUCUGAGCCUUUGCCGCAACCGCAUGCCGUGGACGAAACCACAGGAGAAAAGGGAUCUGGGGCGAUAGUGAAGACGAAGGGCAGCUGGGGUGCCACAGACGCUGUUGGUGGUCCAAGAGGGCACUCCGAGUGGUCGUUCCUGGAGCAAACGGUCCUCGUGCGGCACAACAAUGCCGCGUGA